GCAGUCCUCAUUCACCCCACAACCAUCUUCAGGACCCUCUGCCUUCGAAAAGACGACAGCUGGGACUGCUGGCCGACGACGACGACGACAUCCAGGCAAACACGGCUGUCGACUUCAGCCCCCGAUAGGCUACCGCCAUAGUACUGCACUCCCCGAACCCAUUGAGACCCGUCUGGGGAGCUCAGGCCGCUCAUGUCUUUCCUAGGACUCCGUCCCAGCUCGCGCAGUAGUCACACUGCAAAGCCCUUUACUUCGCACUCGGCCAGAUCAGACGCAAACCCUGGCUCACAACCCCCUCCCCGCACCGGCAGAGCCAUGGCCGGCGUCAUGGACAUUGAGCGCACCCGGACCAGGCGCGAGAGGACGUUUAUUGGAAGUGAAUGCUGCGUGUGUGAGGAGAACCUGGAGUACACACUGCGGGGCGAGCGGAUACUGCAGCUCUCGUGCGGCCAUGUGUCGCAUGAGGCCUGCUUCUACGAGUAUAUCCGCGAAUUCGAGUCGCAGCACUGCCCGACGUGUGAUGCCACCCUGGGUCUCGAUACUAGCAGGGGCGGAAAUGUGCUCGAUAUUGAGAAACUCUCCACCAUUGUGCGUUCCGCCCAGCAAGAAGCCUCACCAGCCCAUUCGCAGACGCACUCGCACUCGCACUCGCACUCCCAGGUUGACUCCCACCGGAGCGCAUCCAACACCCCCACGCCCUGGGACAACCAGACCGUCUCGUCCGAAAGGCAAAAUGACGACCACAUCCAGGCUCGCUCUCGCACCGGCAGCAAUGCCUCAACCCGCUACCCGCCCACGACCCAAUCCCGUCAGCGAGACAGCAGUCACAGCCGCGACCGUGGUUCCGACCGCGGCGGCUCCCUGUCCCGGGCGCAUGGACGCAGCGACUCGGGCGCUACAGGACUGGCCUCCUCCAACGACUACGCCGCCACGCACGAUGGCCGGCGGCACGACUACGAUGUCCAGUCCAUGGAGAGUAGCCUCAGCAGCCCGCGUGGUCUGCUCAAGAGCCCAAUUCCUGCCCCUACAGUCACUGUCCGGAGCGAAUUCCCCACGCUGAGCAGGUCGCGGCAACAGCAGAGCCUGACAUGUCUGAUCACGGUCGAGGUAGUCGAGGGCAAGUGGCGGCCAAACCUAGACGACAUCCGCGGCGCACCACCCCUGCCAAGCGUACCUGAGAGCACCUAUGAGCGCAGCAAGUCGCCCGUCACCACCAGGUCAGCAGAGCCGCAGUACGAACCAACCGAGGCCCUGGACGAAAUUACCGAAGACCUCCACGCCCGCGUCGACAACUGGCACGGCCUGGACUUUUCUCGCUUCGGCAACUUGCGACUUCACGGCCACAUCCGCGUUGGCAAGGACCGGCAAUCAUGGCAGGAACUCGAGUGCUACCUCUUCUCCGAAAUGCUCAUCUGCGUAAAGGAGAAGAAGAUGGCGCCGCAGCCGCAGUGGGAUGGUGGACCCCCCAUCAAGAAGACAAAGUGCACUCUCAAGGGCUCGAUCCUGAUCAAGAAGCACCUCAACCAGGUCGAGCACUCGGCGGACAAUUUGAUACUGACCCUCAGCCUCUCGGUAGCAGAGCUACCCGCCUUCCACCUUCAAUUCCAAGACAGGGGCCAGCUGGAGCAGUGGCGUCGCGCCCUCAUGGACAUUCGCUUAGACUUUCCCAUCAGCCACCGAAUGGAGCAAUACGAUCAAGACAAUUCUGGAACCGAGGACGACGACUAUCGCAGGCCAAAGCGCGUCUCGUCUAUCAACUCUUCCUACGGCGCCGGCCGCUCAGUCAUGACGGCGCCCACCGAGUACAGCACCUCCCGCGGCGGUGCAUCCGAGCCCCGCCUGGGUGCCUCAGUACACGUGCCCGUUGACAUUGUCGUCGUCAUUCCAGUCUCGUCGUCAAUGCAGGGUUUGAAGAUCAACUUGCUACGCGACACUCUACGUUUCCUUGUGAGCAACCUGGGUGAACGAGACCGCAUGGGCUUGGUCACUUUUGGCUCAAGUGGCGGCGGCGUCCCCAUUGUCGGCAUGACGAGCAAAGCCUGGAGAGACUGGCCAAAGGUGCUCGAUUCCAUUCGCCCCGUAGGACAGAAGAGCCUUCGUGCCGACGUGGUUGACGGAGCCAACGUAGCCAUGGAUCUGCUGAUGCAGCGCAAGUCGAGCAACCCUCUCUCAAGCAUUCUGCUCAUCAGCGACUCUUCCACAUCCGAUGCUGAAAGCGUUGACUUCGUCAUCUCCCGCGCCGAGGCUGCCAAGGUUUCCAUUCACUCCUUUGGUCUGGGACUAACGCACAAGCCCGACACUAUGAUUGAACUCUCCACACGGACCAAGGCGUCCUACACCUAUGUCAAGGACUGGAUGAUGCUCCGCGAGUGUGCAGCAGGGUGCCUCGGAUCUCUUCAAACUAUCUCGCACCAAAACGUCAAGUUGAAGCUACGGCUACCUGAAGGCUCCCCUGCCAAGUUUGUCAAGAUUAGCGGCGCACUGCAGAUCACUAAACGUGCCACCGGCCGAGAUGCCGAAGCUUCGCUAGGUGAUUUACGCUUUGGAGAUAAGAGGGAUAUCCUGGUGCAGCUAGCUAUUGCGCCCGACACGGGCUCACCCGAGCAACUCCCUCAGGACCCCUGGGAGUCGAUUGUGUCUGGUUUGGAGGCCCUAGGCGGACCACUCGACCAAGAUGAUUCACGCACACUCAGCGUUGAAGAAGUACCCUUGAUCCAAGCAGAUCUCACCUACGGCGACAUACUCCGAGAAGGCACCCUUUCACAGCUCCCAAGGCCAUCGUUACUGGCCAUUACCCUACUACCAUCCGGAAACAAGAAGAAUUCAACCGGAAUGCCGUCAACACCCCCUAUCCCCCCUCAUCCUCACGUCGUACAGCGACGUAUGGAAUUGCUUACAUCCGACAUGCUGACCCGCGCAUUGACACUUGUCUCACGAGGCCAACACGAACGAGCACACCAUCUUCUCAAAGAAACCCGAAGUAUCCUAAAGGGGCUUGGCAAGGGGGGUCUGCCUCCACUUCCUCCUCCUGGGCACCGUCGGAACGAGGCACCUGGCGUGGCAGGCAGCACGGGAUCCACAUCUCCCACGACGCACAAUUCCGGUGCCGACUUGCGGGCGCGCACGCCCUCACCACAUGCUGAUAGUCCCUUCACUCCUGCUGCAGGUAUUGACGUCAAAACCAUGCACGCGCUAGACGCGGAACUCGAAUCCAGUCUCGAAUGGAUCAACCAUCCUGCCGUCUUCGGCCGAGACUCACGCAAGGCUGUGCUGCAGGCCAUUGGCGUCAUCUCAUCGCAACGCGCCUACACAUUCAGGUCGCCAUCUGAGUCGCUCUGGGCAGAACGCAUUGCCGGCAUCAAGCGUCUGUCCGAACGCGCACGAGACUGGCGCGAAACGGGCGAUCAGGAAGCCCUGAUGGAAGAGAAUUAAUUUCAGCUACGACUCUUCUAACUCUUCGCACUUGUUUGCAUAUACCCUGUAUCAUACCACUUCCUUCUUUGGUACUUUGCUCCUUUAUUUCCAUUCACGGCCACACUUUUGGGCGGUUGAUUAGAUGAGCCUCGUUUGGGCUCUUCCCACUUGGGACGACUUUAUUUCCUUGACAUAUUCUCGCGGAUCUAUGAUACCAAAACGGUCUACAUUUACUUGUACUGCGGAUUCUCUGGGCUCGCAAAAUGGGAUUUUGGCGUCGCUGUCGUUACCGCAUUGUCUCACGGGACAGCAUAUUGUGCUGAGCAAUUGAUUAGCUACACGCACUACUAGACGCACGAGUAUCACACUAUGGCUAUACUCCAAUACCAAUUUUUUACGCUAUU